AUGAGUCGAAGUCAUGGUUACUUUGUGCAACAGACCUCUAUCAGAGAUGAUAUUGUGAUUUACAAUGUGAUGAGUUUCCAAAGUAGUUCGUCCUCAAAACCAAGGCUACUGAUGCAUGAUAAAAAUAGUGACCAUAUCUCAUGUAAUUGUGGGAAAUUUGAGUUUGAUGGUAUUCCGUGCAGACAUAUGCUAGCUUUCUUCCGUGUCAACCAAAUAUUUGAACUACCUGACAAGUAUAUCCUUAAGCGAUGGACACGAGAAGCAAAGAGUGGUGUUGCUUAUAUAUUAGAUGAUGAAAACUGCAAUGAUGAUCCAACAAGAUUUUUGAUCUCACGACGAGCCAAGUUAUCUUAUAAGGCCUCAACACUAAUUGAUUAUGCAUCUUUGACUGACGAGGGGACAAAGUUUUUCGAUGAACAACUUGAUUACAUACAUGGUAAAAUCAAGGAGAUGGGUAUUAGUCCAACAACUAUGCACGGAAGUCAAACAAGGAAGAGCUUAGAUAAAACCAAAAACAUUGGUGAUCCUUCUAAGAUAAGAUCAAAAGGAUGUGGUAAGCGAAUGUUAUCAUCAAAAGAGAAGUCAAUUUUAAAGACUAGGGCUUGUCGUGGCUGUGGACUACGUGGUGCAUCACAUGAUAAACGUAAUUGCCCAAAGUUGCAAGACAGAUCAGUUGCAGAUGACCAUCACGACAUCAACGAAUAUGCAAAUGAAAAAGCUUGA